AUGGGCGGCGACUGGCUCGUUUGGCAGCUGAUCGACUCUGCCUUUCCCACCGGUGGCUUUGUUCACUCUGGUGGUCUUGAAACGGCGGCGCAAGCCGGGCUCAUCUAUGACGGUAAAUCGCUCGAGCAGUAUCUGCAAGAGCAGCUCAACCAGACGGCGAGCACGACGAUGAAGGUGGCCGUAAGUGCACACCGAGCGUUGGACAAAUCACAGCCGUUUGACUCCAAUUUUGCAGCCUUUGCUGAAGUGGAUCGCCUCAUGCAAGCCAUGACGACCAAUCACGUCGCGAACCGAGCAAGCCGGGCUCAGGGCAUGGCGCUGCUGUCCACCGCCGCGUCGUGUCUGGCCGAGAGCGAGCUGGGGGCGUACAAGCGGGCCAUCUACUUUUCCACGCCCUCCCUCUACGGCCACUACGCGCCCGUGUUCGGUCUGGUCUGCAAAAUGCUUGACGUGCCGCUGGAGACCACGAAGCAGAUGUUUCUGUUCGUCGUUCUGCGUUCGCUCAUCAGCAGCGCGGUGCGACUCAACCUCACCGGCCCGCUGGAGGGCCAGCGACUCCAGCUGCGGUGCUCGACCUAUGCCGAGGCGCUGCUUGAGCGCGACGCCAAGAACGAAGCGAAGGCGACGACGGCGACGCAGCGACUACGGAAGGAGGAGGAAGAGCUGGCGCGGAUGAAGGAGGAGAUGGAGCAUAAGAUGAGCGAGGACCAGGACCACGAAGCGGCGCUUAAGGUGGACACGAAGGUGAUGAAGAAGAAGGAGACCUUCGACUUGCCACCGGAUCACGACUGCUACCAGACCUCGCCGCUGCUCGAUCUGGUGCAGGGCAUGCACGACCGCCUCUACUCGCGCCUGUUCAACACAUGA